CAUAUCAGAUUAGCAUAUUUUGUGAAGUAUCGAAGUUACAGCAAGGUCUGUUUUAGAGUGUGUGAAAUACGAUUACUUGUUACCUAUUUUUUAAUAAGUUUCAGGUAUGAAUGAUUUCUUGACUAUGUGCGCUGUCUAUUGUACAUUAAAAUGGAUUAGUUGAGGUGGGAACCGGGACUGUUCUUCAUUUAAGGAGAAGUUAGAAAUGGACAUACAAGAUUUUAUAACUUCUUACACAAUUGAGAUUCCUAGCUUGACCAGUGUUUCGAAGAUGUCUAAGCGGGAACAUAAGUCCUUCAUGUGCGUACAUGCGCCGUGCUCAUUUAAAACGGACAAACGUAAAGCUAUCUACACGCACCUUGUUAGAACUCACAAUGAACGUAAAGAGGACUACGAGUGUGAAUAUUGUUCCUCUAUGUUUGAACUUGACUCAGAAAUUGAAAGACAUUUACACGUGCAUCACCAACAGCAACCAUUUACAUAUACGUGUGUGUCCCGAAUUGAGAAAGUCAUUAAUAAGUGUGCAAAACUUGGUAGUGAUUCAAAAAGCCUUAAAUCUCCGUCAAUAUCACCCAGUGUUGUUGACAAUUCUUGUGAGGCUUCAGCUGAAAAAACGCCACCUAAAGUUGAUGGUGCUUUUUCUAUUUCAAAACCACCGUACUUGAAACCAAACAUAAGCAUGCGAACACGGGCUUCUGUUAAUGAAUCUUUAAACAAUAUUGCAAAACUCCCGAGGUAUUCGGGUGGAGAGGAAAACACAAAAUUAACACAGAAAAAGUGUUAUGUCGAAGAUGAAUAUUACGAUGACAAUGACGACGAUGACCUUGAAGAAGUUGAAAUUGAUACCGACGAAGAGACGCCGACUUAUGUCUCCAAACCGUCGGGUUUAAAAAUAAAACUAAGUUUAAAGAAAAGUUCCUCAAAUACUUCAAGGGAAUUAUCGAGUGAAAGAUCUCCGCCUUUGCUGGAGCCCAGUGGUGAAACAGAAAUCGAUUCGUCAGAUUUUCCAAACGACAUACCACCUGACAUAAUACGGACACAGACUAUCAGCGGAACAGCGCAAGUUCGCGUGAAAGAUUCUAAAUAUUAUGACAAAUUAGAAGUUUAUCACCACACUGACGAAUUUGGUCGUCGUUGUUGUCCAUUUUGUGAAUAUAAGACGUCUAAGAAUACAAUACGAGUUCAUUUAUCGGGCAUUCACAAGAUUCACUUCGUGAAAUGUUCACUUUGUGACUAUAAAGCAGCUUUUCCACAUCAAAUCACGCAGCAUGGUAUAAAGUUUCACAAAACUAAAAAUUUGAAUGUGAUUCAGUUAUCGAAAGAAUCACGUGACCGAACUAUAAGCCAGUUAAAGAGGCUAUGCAAAAUGACUACGCCAAGCACGUUGAAUAAAACCAAAGCAGUCAACAUUAAACCAGCAGACGAUAUGGGAACUGGAAGCGAAAUUAUUGACGAUGAGGAUUUUAAUUCGGAAGAGAGUUAUCCUACAUCAACAGACGAAAAUGAUACCUCUAUUUGUCAGGCAGACGACAGAGUUUUUAAACCGCCUAAAUGUCAGACGUCGAAGACCGACUACUACAGUAUUCGUAUCGAAAACGGGGUGUAUUUGUACAGUUGUAACCUGUGCACGUUUCAAACUCCGGUUCGAGCAACUAUAUAUACACACAAGUACAGACACGAAGAAAAGUCGUACAGAUGUGGCUAUUGUGAUUUUACUUCUGCACCCAGGUCGAACGUUGUUCAUCAUUGUCGAGUGAAGCACAAAGGGUCACCUGUAAAUGUGGUAGAGAACGAUAUUGAAGAACAUUAUCCCUUAGAUGUGAAGGAAUUUCCUCAAGAUGAAGAGAUCGGACCUGCUAAACUUAAGAAUAUGAGUCAACCUAGUGCAAAUAUUGUAGUUAAAUCAGAACCAACAGACGAUAACCUAGAUCUGGACAAUUACCAAGAACUAGACAACAUUAAUAUGGCAUCAAAAGUUUCAAAUGAAAUAUCAACUAAUCAUCAUCAGAUGAUAAUCAAGGUCCCACAAUACAAGAGGUCUAUCACUUCCGUUUCUUAUGACUCAAGUCGAAGCUCAGCCGAAAUUAAGCGUCCAAAACUGGAGGCUGAAACCAUACAAGCAGAAGAGUACAAACUUUCAUUGAACAAGUUGUACCGAGUAAACCCGACUGGUUCUCCUAAAUUUAUGUGUGCAAUGUGUUCGUAUGCAUGUGACACUCAUCCUAAAAUGAAGCAUCAUCUGUACAGACAUCGGCCACAGAAAUACAAAUGUCCAUAUUGUGACCACAGGAAAUACCCCAGGUCGUAUGUAGUCAGGCAUGUACGAGACACUCAUCGUAAUAAGCCAGUGAGAGUGAUCGACCUUUCCAAGGGAAAUGAACCAGAGGAUAUUCCAGAAUACAUGAACGAUAUAGUUACAGACGACACUUUAGAUGACACAACUGGAUCCCUUGAUACAAAUGAAGCCCACAUGUCAACAUUUAACCAAGAAGCUGAUGCUCAAGUGCAUAAUCAAAACGUUUUAGAGAAGGAGAAUGCCGCAGGAGACGACAUGAAUGCUGAACAAAAUGAAGAAGUGAAUGCACUCAAAAAUUUUGCACAGAAGUUAAACUUGCGAUCUGUACUGACUGCAGACCUAAAUGAUGAUUUAUUCAUGCAAUCCUCUGACAUCAGUCCAAACUGCAACGAUUACAUGUCGUCCCCUUUGAUUGAAUCUUUUAUCAAUGGGCAAUAUCAGAAUACAAGUACACCAAAACUGAACGCAAAAAAUUUUGAAAAGAAGAAAAGUUUAAAAGAUUACCGUGUAAACUAUGGCCAAGGUCCGAGGUAUAUCUGUAACAAGUGCGGUUAUGGUACAGAGAAUUACAAGACUAUACACAACCAUAUGUACAGGCACGAAUCUCAGCGAUACCAAUGUCCGUACUGUGGAUAUAGAAGGUCUCCAAAAUCAUUUGUUGAGAAUCAUAUAAGAGAAGUACACAAAGGUCAUCCUGUUAUAGUAACAGAGUUAACAAUAGAUCAAGAAAUGACAGAUGCUCCUAUAGGAUCUCCUCGCCAGUGCGUCACUCUUAAGCGUAAAGAUCCACAUCAAGAUGCAACACCAUCCUCUCAGGUUAAAAAAGAUGAGGAAAGUUCUACAACUAAAAUACCUGCAAAGUGGCCGGCACCAAAACCUGUGUCUCACCUCAAUGUUACCAAACCACAUUUUCAAGUAUCCCCAGUACUGAAUGUAAUAACAGAUAACUCCACUAUUACAAACAUUCCACAGUUGUCACCUUCUAUUGUGCAGCUCACUCAAACAAAUAUACUGCACAAAGAUGUGAAGGACAAUGUUCCAGAAUUAGUCCCAGCAAUGGUAACAAAUCCUUUGUUAUCUAUGUCAGUGUCUAGCAACGCUUUGCGUUUUGUUGAAAGAAAUCGCACAACAUUUAAAACAAUGUACAAGUGUGUUUUUGAUCCUGAGACAUGCAACCACAUUUCAAAAGACAAAUCUAAAAUGAAGCAGCAUCUGUUUAUGCAUGUGGAAUAUAAGCCCUGGACAUGUGACUUUUGCGACAUGACUGCAAGCCAAUCAUCCCACAUUAAGAAUCACGUGAGAACUGAACAUCCGGGUGUUGCAGACACGUCAUUUAAAUAUAAACGGCAUAAUUAUUUGGAAAAACAUAUAGAGGGCUUCUUAAAUAAAGGUCUUUUUACUGUGCCAGUUAAUGAGUAUCGAGCUAUAAUGGAUAUGAAAGGUAAUACAAAAUCUUCAAAGCAACCAAUAUUUGAGCGGGAUGAAGAAGGGAAUUUACUCUGUCCUUACUGUAGUUAUAGAACAAAGAGUGGAGGCAUGACAGAUCACAUAAAAAUGAAACAUAUGCAGCCUCGUUUCAAAUGUCACUGGUGUGAUUACAGAGCCUUCUAUCGGUCAGAGGUCAGGAAACAUCACCGGAAGGAGAAGAGCCAUGCGGAUCAUGAAUUUAAAACACAAGAACUAGAUCUUGCUCAGGCUAUGGAAGGUUACAAAGAAAGAAAUGAAACUGCUUUUGGGACAGAUGUUGCAAGUUCAUGCACUUCCAAUUACAAUCCAAGUCAAUUCCUGGAUGAUGAAGAAGAUGAUGAUGACAACCAUGAUGAUGAUGAUGAUGAUGAUGAUGAUGAUGAUGAUGAUUUAGGCAGUGAGUGUUGGUCUAGUGAAGGUUCGUCAAUAGGUGAUUAUCAACAAGGUUACGUAGAAUACACAACUGAGCAGCUUUCAAACUUAUGUGCCAGCAAACAGCUAAAAGUUGAUAUACAUACGGAAUGUGAUACUGCGACAAAAAAUGAUUGUGGACCUAGCCAGGUUCGCCUUGAAAGCAUUAAUACGGAAGUAGGCCCAGGCGUGUCAAUGGAAAUUGUACAAAUGACUACACCUGAAAGUAAUGAAGCAAUUAAAUCAAAUCCUGCCAAGGAUUCAAAGUUUAAGUGUGGCUAUUGCCCCUUUUCAGCUGAUUUAAGGGUUAAAGUUAAAAUGCAUUGUUCGAAGAAACAUUCUGAAAAGGUUAUAAAUAUUAUUGAACCAGCUCCAAAACCCGAAACAGCUUUAAGACAAGAUAAUAUUGAUUUGGGUGUAGAUGACUGGAAAGGUACAAAGUUUGAACAAGAUUUAAGAAUGGCAGGUGUUUCCAAACUUAACCUUGCAUCUCUAUUUCCUCACAGUAAACGAUUUCAUAAAUCAAAUUCUAGUAGUCACAGUGUUGUUAAGUUAGACGAGGACAAAACAGAAUUCAAAAAACCUUUAGAACCUAUUGCUAAAGUUAAGACUCUUGACAGAAAGAUUGAGAACGCUUUAUCAAAAGAGGGUGCAACCAUUAUCACAGAUAAAACAAUUGACAAUCUCAGUAAUGUAAGAGACAAUCAGGAAAUAAGCAAAAAGUCAGGAGAAAAUCUAAAGCGCGACACAAAUAGUGCAAAAUCUAACAUUCUUAUAAGUGAUGUGAGGUCAAUAAAACAGGAAAAUACACCAACAUCAAAAACUGAAGACACAAAGGAUGAAAUCGUUCAGAAUUUAAAAACAAAUUUUAAAGUAAAAGAUAAAGUGCAGACAGCAUUCCCUAAUCACACUACUGUCAUUCUUGAGGAUGAGACCAAUGAUGAAAAUACCAACAGAAAUGACACUGAGAGUGUUUCUAUUAACACAGAGGCUUUGGAAGAUGUGUGUGAAGAAAAGCGUGGAAACAGGUGUGCACAGAACAUUUACAUUAGGGAUAGUUGCUCAGUUGACAUUGAAGAAAACAAUGAGAAUAAAGCAGAUAUUGUUUCAGACUCAGUGGAAGGUGGUAAUAAUGAAAAUAUAACAAAACUGGAUUCUUGUGAAAUAGACAGUGAUGUUAAAAUGCCUGAAAAUACUGGACCAAACAUUGAUGAGACAUUACCAUAUGAAAAAGAUGAUAUUCAUUUUACGAAUGGACACAAGUUUUCUAUUGAUGGAACAAUAAAGGAAAGUUACGAUAUAGAAAAUAAUGAUCAAAUAAUGAAAGAAAUCAUAUGCAAAUCGUGUGACAAAACAAAUAACACUGAAAUCUUGAUCAAAUUGGAUGGUACAUCUGAUGUUGAAUUAGAUUCUUCAGUUAAGGAGGGUAUUGAUGUUUUAAAAAGUGCACUUACCUGACAGUCACAACACCACAUGUGCUAUAAAAGACAUUUACAAGAAAAUAAAGACAUUAGCACAACACAUGUGCUUUAAUAGAUAUUAACUAAGAAAAAUAAAGUUAGGUCAACACAUGUUCUUUAAUAAUCAAAUAAAUACACAUGUACCAUAAAAGGUAUUUACAAAAAAGCAUAGAGUUAGGAUAUAUAUUUGCUUUGAAAGAAUUUUUUGAAUACACAAAGUUACGUUUAAAUUUUAAUAAGUUAUAUUAUAAAGCACAUUUAUUAUGGGAACAUCUAUGUAAGACAUUUACAAGGAGACACAAAGAUAUGUGUCAUUGAUUUUCAUUAUAGGUCCUCUACCAAAGUUGUUCAAAUUUUGCCACUAGUGUCAUAAUUGGCUCGGCCCUGUGGUCUAAGGUUUUUCUUAUAUGUACAUAGUAAAAAUCUUCGGCAUGAAACAUUGUGUAGUGAAAUUCUACCAAGAUUGUUCAAACUAUAGCCCUAGGGGUGGAAAUUGGCCCCUCCUCAGCAACCACUGGUUUUCAUUAUGUAUAUAUUGUAAAAACCAAUGACUGGGAAGAAACCAAACUUUACAGGAAUUAUCCUUGGAUGGUCCCUUUACAAAGUUGUUCAAAUGGUUCCAGUCUGUUGCAUAAGUAGGUCAUGAGGGCCAGAAAAGGAGUUUCAAUAAUGCAAAUUUAAAAAUCUUCUUGUCUGAAGGUACAAGGCUUGCUUGGAGCUUUAAUAUUUGGUAUAUAAUAUCAUCCAUAGGUCCUCUACUAAAGUUGUUAAAAUUUUGCCCCUAGUGUCGAAAUUGCCCCCGCCCCGGGGAUCAUAGGUCUUUCCUUAUUGUGUUGCAUUAAAAAAAGCAGACAUGUAGGGGUUACUUUUGUAGCGGCCAUUAGCCUUGCCCGAAGCAUAACUCAGUCACUAUUAGUCGCGCAACAUUUGGGUCGCUACCUUGAAGGUCAAGAUCACAGCAUGACCUUGAAGCAAAAUUGGGUCUGGCAAAUAACUUCGUUAUUUGAAGUCGGUUUUUACAACUAUUUCACAGAAAUGAUCACCAUAUUAAGACGAUGUGUCACGUGCAACAUUUUGGUCGCUACCUUGAAGGUCAAGGUCACAGCAUGACCUUGAAGCAAAAUCGCCUCCUGCCCGUAACUUCGUUAUUUGAAGUCGGAUUUUACAACUAUUUCACAGAAAUGAUCACCAUAUUGAAACGACAUGUCGUGCGCAACAUUUUGCUCGCUACCUUGAAGGUCAAGGUCACAGCAUGACCUUGCAGCAAAAUCGCGUCCGGCCCAUAACUUUGUUAUUUGAAGUCGGAUUUUACAACUAUUUCACAGAAAUGAUCACCAUUUUGAGACGAUGUGUCGCGCGCAAGUAGGUAGAUAGAUCUCAUUGAGUAAAAAUGCAGUGGAAAGAACAGAUACUCUGCCUUGCCUAAAUUUGGAAUUAUCACACUUUGAACUUACUCUGAAACUACAAAAGAUAUACUUUUCUGUGUUCAAAAGGGAGAGCAUCACCCGGUUCAACCGGCUCUUGUUCGAGUUAUUGCCCUUUGUUAAUUUUCAUACUUUAUUUUUGUUCGGGCCAUUUCUCAUAAACUAUAAAAGCUAUGGACUUGAAACUUUAUAGGAUGAAAGAUCUUAUUGAGAAGAAAUGCAGUGCACAAAAGUGGUACUCUGCACUUUUUUUUUUUUUAGUUAUUGCCUUUAUUAAUUUUCAUAUUUCAUUUUUGUCCGGGCCAUUUCUCAUAAACUAUAAAAGCUAUGAACAUGAAACUUUAUAGAAUGAUAGAUCUCAUUGAGAUGAAGUGCUGUGGCGAAAAACUGGUAGUUCAUGAUUUUAGAGUUAUUGCCCUUUGUUAAUUUCACCUAAACUGGGAAAGCUAUGGACUUGAAACUUCAUAGGAUGAUAGAUCUCAUUGAGAAGAAGUGCAGUGCACAAGAAACCGUACUCUGUACUUCAUGAUUUUAGAGUUAUUGCCCUUUGUUAAUUAUAAUACUUUAUUUUUGUCUGGGCCAAUUCUCCUACACAAUAAAAGCUAUUGACUUGAAACUUCAUAGGAUGAUAGAUCUCAUUGAGAAGAAGUACAGUGCACAAGAACUUGUUCUCUGCACUUCAUGAUUUUUGAGUUAUUGCCCUUUGUUAAUUUUCUUACUUAAUAGGCUUGUCCAGAGCAUAACUUGGUCACUAUAAGUUUGAUUGACUCCAAAUUUGGUAUGUAAGCUUUUUUCAUUGACCUGAAGUGCAGUGGUUAUGAAUCCAUCACAGAGUCCUCCAUUUGAUCUGUCAGUGUAAAACUUUUCCAUGUUAUUUUUAUAUUUGAUAAUAUAACAGCUUUUUUUAAUCAUGAUGUAACAUUGUUACAAUCAGUUUAACUGUCACUAAAGUUCAAGGUACAUGUACAUUGUAAGAGCGGUGUUUAUAAAUAAUCUAUAUUUAAGAAGAAAUGCCUAAGUGACAGCUAUACUUUUCACAAGGCGACACAUCCAACUCGCAGAGUUAUAGUAUGUAUAUAGUAAAAACUUUAAAAAAAGUUUCUUCUCUGAAUGGACAAAGGCUAGAGGUUAGAUAUUUGGCAUGAAACAUUGUGUACUGCACUUAUACCAAGAUUGUUCAUUUUAUAGACUUGGGGUCAAAAUUAUCCCCGCCUCGUGGGGACUUUGAUUUUCAUUAUGUACAAACCAUAAAAAGCUUCUUGUCUGAAGGGAAACAACUUAUAAUGGAAUUUCUUUUAUACAUGUUAUGCAAUGUCUCUAUAAAAAGAUUUAGUAGCUGGAAGUAAGUCUAAUGGUCAUGACCUCUGGCAAGAGAAAUGUUUGCUUUUCAGGGAUGUUUAUGAAAUGACCAGAGGUCAUGAACUCUAGCAAGAGAGAUGUGAGCUUUGCAGGGAUAUUUAAUGAAACAAUCUGAGCACAUUAUAUAAUGAUGGUUUUAAAUAGUAAAUGUUUUUUAUGUUUUAAGAAAUUGGUAAUGCUUAUUUCAGUAUUUAAGAAAAUGUAACUGUACCUGCAUUUCAAAGUUUAAUACAGCUGUGACAAGCUGAAAUAUGACCUUGACCCCUAAAUUCACUAGACACUACUGCAUUAUUGCAAAGUUCAAUUGUAUAGAAAAAAGUAUUUAAUGUAAUGCGGUUGCAUAGCAUUGUU